AUGGCGGGAGACGGCGCCAUCUUGGCUGAGGCUCUAGCCAUUGCCUCUGCUAUGGGUUUUCCCGUAUUUUUGGCUUUCUGGUCUUUCUUGGAACGGGAUUGCGACAUGGCUGGCCCCAGGUAUCAGUCCGGGGUUAGGUUCAGAUUGGCGGGCAAUGCCGUACUGGAAGAUGCCCGUCUCAACUGGGAUUUCAAGUCUUCUUGUAAAAGGAGAAAGCUGUGGGCAGGCAAUACCGCCACUGGUGGAAUUGAGUCCUCCCCCUCCGGGUACAUGCGGGACAAGGCAUCGGGCUUGACGUUUUUGGACCCAGGGCGGAAGGUGGAUGAAAGCAGAAGAUUCCAGCUGUUUGUGUGGAAGAGACUUCAAGACCAGAGACUGGAAGUGAUUUCACAUUGCACUCUAUGUUAUGAUAAAUGUAUACCUGAUGAAGAAUGUGAACUGGAUCCAAUACCUCCCACUGAAAUAGACAUGGACAUUGCCUUUAUAUUGGACAGUUCUCGAAGCGUCAGGAGUGAUGUCUUUUUGCAUGCCAAAGACUUUGUUAGCUCGAUGCUGGAUCAUAUUGAUGUGACAUCUCAGCCUGGAACACCAGGCACUGGAGCUAGAGUAGCUCUGGUUCAACAAGCCAAUCCUAGCUUUCUGCCUAAUCGAAAUAUAAGCCCUGUCAAGACAGAGUUUGAUCUUGUUAGUUACUAUGACAGGAAUCAAAUGAAAGAGCACAUUGAAGAGGCUGUAACACAACUGGAAGGUCCAUCAUCACUGGGUUAUUCUCUUGAGUGGACCAUAGAAAAUAUUUUCAAAAAGGCUCCCAAUGCAAGAAAGCACAAAGUCAUUUUUACACUCCUCGGGAGUAAAACAAGUGUCUGGGACAGAGCAAAAUUGAAAGAAAUAUCCACGAAAAUCAAGUGUGAAAAAUUUACAUUAUUUGUUCUAGCCUUUGGAAAGGAAAUAAACCAUAGUGAACUGAAAGAACUUUCUAGCCUCCCCUAUGAUCAGCAUGUCCUACAUCUGCUUACAGCUGCAAAGCCAGAGCUGGCGUAUGCUAAUAGAUUCACCCAAGCCUUCAUUCAUCUUCUAAAUAAUGAAAUUAACCGUUAUCCAGGGUCAGCCUUCCAAGCAGAAUGUGAAGGACGUGGAGAUUCACUGAUCUCUUUCUCGGAAAGUGCUUCCUACACUGAACUUGAAGUUGAGCCCACAGAGCAAACUGGAGAGUUUGCGGAAAGAGAAGUGGAAGAUUACUAUUAUGAGGGAGAAGUGGAGAGCGAUAUCCUUCUGGAACCUACAGUAGAGACUGAGAGUCUAACAACUGAAACCGAGGUCACAACCACUGUUGCAGAGAGGUGCCUGUUGGAUGUGAGUCAUGGCACAACAUGCGGGGACUUCCAGCGCAUGUGGUACUAUAUAAAAGAUGUUGAUGCAUGCUCCCAGUUCUGGUAUGGAGGUUGUGAUGGCAAUGGAAACAGAUUUAGCACUGAGAAUGAGUGUCUACAAGCUUGUUCUUCCAAACGUCAAAGAACUAGUGAAGGAUCAGAGCUCCUUAGCAAAGAACAAAACAAAUCGUACAUGUCUACGACGAGGGACAGCUUGGUUGAAGAUAUAUGUCAGCUGAAAAGGGAAGAAGGAGACUGCCAGAAUUAUGAACUGAAGUGGUGGUACAACUCUGAUCAGAACGAGUGUGUCCAGUUCUGGUUUGGUGGCUGCGGAGGAAACAAAAACCAGUUUAAAACGCAAGAGCAGUGUGAAGCUGUUUGCUUAUCGUAG